UUAUUUUAGGCUCGUGGGCAGGCUGAGUCCCGCCAGACCGCUGCUGAGUGCUGAGGCUUGAGGAAGUGCUGGUGCUGGCGCGUGCUGAGUGCUGAGGAGGCUCGGGACCAUGGCCGCUGAGGAGGACCCUUCCUGCUCCAUUGUGGAAUAUAUGCGGGACCACAGCGGCUACAAGUGUGGUUACUGCAAGUCGAAGAACACCAACUUUAGCCAUGGGAUGUGGGCACACAGGAUGACCACUGGCGACUACCAGACCCUGAUAGACCGAGGAUGGCGCCGCAGCGGCAAGUACUGCUACAAGCCCACCAUGGACAAGACCUGCUGCCCCAUGUACACCAUCAAAUGUGAUGCCCUGGAGUUGAAGCUGAGCAAGACACAAAAGAAAGUUCUUAAGCGCAUGCGACGGUACCUCAGCCACGGAGAUAGGAAAGACUGCAGGACGCCAGAGAUGGGUAACGCUGAAGUAAUUGGGGAUAACGAGGAAUAUGUGAAGCCGAAAUUCGAAGCAAAAUGUGAUGUGUCUUCAGUAACCUUACCUAAAUCUAUAAGGACCCAAGAGCAAAGUGUGACGAGUAAUAUUGCUGUGCCUGAAACCAAUGUGGUGCCUACUGCUAAGAAGCCCAGUGACACACAAGCCACCUCCAAUGCCUCCUCCUCAACCAAAGACUCGCCCAGCAUCAAUCAAGAGGUUCGGAUGGUCGUCUCUUCAGGCACAGGUCCAGAUGCAAGUCGGCCGCUCUGCAGAAAAGCAAAGUUAAUCCGUCGAGAGAAGCGAGAGGCUAAGCUGGCCAAGCAGGCGCAGGAAGCCUUGGCCCGAGGGGAAUCUCUCAUGGAGGCUAGCGUUUCCAAACCAAACAACACCGAGAAGUCACUUGAGGACUACCUGAAUGAACCUCCCCCCGCAAACCCAGCACAUACCUUGGAGGUUAGACUAGUUCGUUCCCAGCCAAGCAGCGCUGAGUUUCUGCAGACCUUCAAGAAGGCCCACCAAGUCUAUCAGAGGUACCAAAUUACCAUCCAUGGAGACGCGGCGGACAAGUGUAACGAGUCUCAGUAUAAGCGGUUCCUGUGUAAUUCACCCCUUGAGCAGUGGCAGCCGAGCAGCGGGCCAGAGCUGGGCUACGGCUCCUUCCACCAUCAGUACUGGCUGGACGAUAGACUCAUUGCAGUGGGAGUGCUCGACAUCCUGCCACACUGCGUCUCCUCCGUUUACCUCUAUUAUGACCCCGAGUAUUCAUUCUUAUCCUUAGGCACCUAUGCUUCACUCAGAGAACUUGCAUUAGUGCGUGAACUGCAACAAAGAACAGCAUCCCUCAGGUGGUACUACAUGGGCUUCUACAUACACUCCUGUCCUAAGAUGCGCUACAAGGGCAAGUAUAAACCCUCAUACCUAUUGUGCCCAGAGACGUAUGAAUGGAUAUCUAUUGAACUCGCCACACCCAAGCUGGACAGAGUCAAGUACUCCAGAUUAACUGACAACCCCAGCGCUGUGGACGUCAAUGGCCGGGUGGACACUAGCAAAAUUCUUAUACUUCAUAAUCAGAUGUUGAUACGGUACGGAAACUACCAGGCAGACUGUGCUGAUGAUGAUGAAGAUGAAGAAAUAAAUGAGUAUGCAUCCCUAGUUGGGGCCAAAAGUGCAUAUUCCCUAUUGCUCUGCAGAAGUUAAGCGUACGUACCAUACUUAUCAACAGUGAUCGUUUGUAAAGAAUCAAUAUUGCUCUCUCACUAGUUUAAGUUGUAUUAACAUCUGGUUUGAAUAUAAGCCAUAUCCAGUAUUAAAAGUAAAUAUGAACAUUUUAACAUCUAUUGAUAUAUUGCAAAAAAAACAUUUGAUAUACUUUAUUAGUUUUUAAACUAUUUCAAGAAAAUAUCCAAAAAUCACCAAAAAAUCCCCCGUGAUUUCAAAGCACAUACAAAGUAUGCUAGUCCUGUAGACAUGGGUUCAACAUAUAAUUUGAUUAUAAGUUGUAGCUUUCUACUGCGUGCUUUAAAAAUGUGCAUUAUUGUAAAUCGGUUUAUCUACAUAAGUAUGGUUCACAAAGGCUCAGAUGUAGGGUUGUUUUAGAUUAAACAAAGCCUCAAAAACUGAGUAGAUAUAUGUGAUUGUUAUGUAAAAGAUUAGAGGAUUUAAAGUUAUAAUCAUUCUGUUUAAAGGGUCAGGGAUAGUUAUUACAGGAACCAGAUCAGUUAACUGAAUUUGAUUGGUUCCACCCGUGGCAAUUUAUGUUGAGCCACCGGUCCUGGCGGGUACAAAGGCCAGCAAAUGAUUGGGGUCAUUCAUCCUUGGUGUCAACAGUUCCCUGGAUGAUAGAGUGUCAUAGUUGCAUCUGUUUUUGCUCCAUGGUGUGUAGUUCUUUGUGUAUUAGAAUCAGGCAACUGAUUAUCCCAUUGUUUCCAUAAAACUUUUAUUCUGGCUGUGACCUGCCAAUGAUUCCCAAUUUAAGGGUAGUCUUACACAGACAGAGGAUAUACAUCUAACCUCACACUUGUAAUUUAGAUUUUUGGGGUCAUUUAUAAUCCAUUCACCUUAUAUGCCAGAAAAUAUAGUUAAUGCAAUGCUUGUAAAGUGUUUGAUGUAUUGUGUAAGUUCAGUUUUACUGAGAAAGAGUGGACAAUGUUCAUUAUGUCUAUCCUUUUUUUCAAGUAACAAAUCUUAAAUAUAUUUCAUGAGGUGCCAUGUUGUAUGUAGUCCCAUUUCUCUUAAUUAAAAAGUAGUUUCUUUAUCUUCUGCAUUACUUGUAUUGCAAAUGAUAAAAGACCAAACAAUAACUACACUUUACAUAUACUGAUAUGAUAAGCAUUGGAUGAAAAAUGUAUGGUGCUUGCCUGAUUUGAAUAUUCAAAGAAAUUAAGUGACUAUUUCAAAGAACCACUAUGCAGGGAAACAUGCAUUGGAUUUAAACUAGGAAACUGUUGGCAAGAAGAGGACUAGAAUGAUGCACGUGUGUGUGUGUCCCAUUUCAUUUGUUGCCGUCUCCUCCUCACUACAUGAUACAGAAGACAGAUUACUGUGGAGGAUGUUGAAAGUUUGGGUUCAUUUUGGACAUUUAUUAAAUAUAUAAAAUUUAGACCAGUCAUGUACAUUAGCAAACUUAACAUAAUAUGCACAAAUGUUUUGCGUGACAAUCAGUAGCCAUUGUCAAGUAAGGAUUGCCUUGGACUCAGGAACUGUAAUACUCUGUUUACUCCCAGCUUGCAAUUGAAGCUGAAGCAUCUUGCCAAUUGGACAGAAUUUUGAGUCAGCCAGUCUCGCCUACAUUGUGUAUUUAGUUUUUCCUUGGAAAGUAGGAUGAUAAUGAAUUAAGAUUUAACAUAUGAGUUCAAAUAUAUUAAAGAUAGUAGAAAUCAAAUUGCAUGUGGGCUAUGAAAGUUCAUAAUGAUUUUUGUUCAUGCCAAUAGUAUGUAACUAUCGAGGAGUGGUGUGGCAGAAAGUUCUCCAUAUGAUAAAGUAAUAAGAUUUUUCAAAAUGUAGAUAGGAAGAGAAGUACGUAACAGUGAACCAAGUUGUUAUCACCAUAAAACAGGGGCUUUACACUGUGGGACAGACAUCUUGCCUUGUGCAGCCAAUGUUGGCUGCCAUUUUUAGUUUAUAUUAUAUAAAGUUUUUUUUUUUUUUUUCCUUUCCUUUUCAUAUUAUACAAAAUUUGACCAUUGCAUUCAGGAGAACUUCUGUCAUGCCAAAAUUCUUUUUACUGUAGUAAAAUCCAGCAUGAAAAAAAUAAAUAAAAAAAUAUUUUGCCAGAGAGAACGGCUGAACUUGUGUGGAUAGGCCACUUUCUAGCAUGUUCAGGGAACUGGCUGACUCCAACUGCUGUUCAGUCAGAACAGCUUAAUAUUCAAUUGCUAGCAAUAGAUGGAUUAGCUGAGUAGUCAUUUUCACCACUUGCAGUAAUUACUGCUGCCCCCUUCACUCCGGUGAUGCCGACGUUGGUGUCCAAUGGUGUCACCAUAUGAAAAAGGUUUUAGUCCUCUUCUAAACCUCUUAGGAGGAAAUAGAAGAGGAUUAAAAGGAAUUGAGAGGUUUAGAAGAGGAUUAAUCCUCUUCCAUUUCCUCUUAACCCUUUCUUUUCAUACUGUGACGCCGACGUCUGCGUCACGGAUGGAAAGGGUUAAACUGGAAAUUGUUUCCUGUAGUGUAACACCACUCAGUGCCAGGUAUCAAACCCAGGUCUUACAAGUAGAAGUCAGGGCAGCAAACCAAUUGACCCGCUGAUUAGCUAAAACAUCACCGUGCUAGAGGCCAGUUUUGUGGCACUAUUCCUGAUGCCCCAGCCCCACACUGUGGGCAUGAAGGUGACCCCACUCACCCUCAUGGUAGCUGGAGAUGCUUUUAAUCAAUCCAGAAUGGCACAUACAAUGUAUAUAUACACUAGAGAAACUCUAAUAACACAGUGAAAUAUCCUGCAAUUUAACACCACUGAGGGGUGGGGUUUGAACCUGGGCCAUCCGAGGUCAGCAAACCAACUGAGCCACCAAUGAGCUGUUCAGUUUGCUGCCGACUUCUCAGGAGGUCCAGGUUCAAACCUCGCCACUCAGAGGAGUUACAUUAUGUGAUUUUUCACUGCGUUGUUGCAGUUUCUCUUAUGUAUGUGCCACUGUGGCUUGAUUAAAAGCAUCUCCAGCUACCUUGAGUUUGAGCGGGGUCACCUUUCCUUCAUGCUCACAGUGCAGGGCGUCAGGAAUAAGGUGCUGCUGAAAUGGCCUACGAUGCAGUGACCUUGUAGCUCAUCAGUGGCUCAGUUGGUUUGCUGUCCUGACUUAUACUCAGAAGGCCUGAGUUCAAUCCGCAGCAGUCAGUGGUGCGACAUUACAGGACUUUUUUCAGUUUCUCUGAUGAAAAUUGGUUAAAGUCAAGGGUAAUAUACAAAACGUAAUCUGUCAAUGGCCACGUCCCAUCCUUCUUUGGUAACUCCUGCCUUGUGGAGAUUAUCAUUACUCUGUUGAUACAGUCAUUGUGAGUUUUGAUGAAAAGUAUCCACAUGAGAUUGUCUCUGUAGUGGCAGGAGUAUAGAAAUGUGUCAGAGAGGACACAUCAAUGAAACUCAGCAUGCAGAACCCAAGAACAGCAGAAGAAACCUGCUGUACUGUAAUUGGAUGCUGCAAUGUUAGAGGUUGAUAGGAUCAUUCUGGCUGUUGUGCUCUAGCAUUGCAGCAACCAAAUGCACUACAGUAGGUUCUUCCUGCUGUUCUUGGCUUCUCCAUGCAGUCUAACUGCUCUGUUGUGUCCUAAAGUUGCCGUGUGAUAGCACCUUUAAUCUCUAAAAGGACCUCAUACACUUAUAUUCAUCAAUAUGACAUAUUUCUGUACUCCUGCCACAAUAGAGACUAAUGUAUGUGUAUACUUUUUAUCAAAAUUCCCAAUGAUAGUAUUUUCAGGGAAAUAAUAUUCUCCAGAAGGCAGGAGUUGCCAUACUGCCCAAGGGAGAAAGGGGAUACUCUUCAUCCCGCCAUUUGGCGGCCCCAAUGUUGAAAGAUCAAUUUUUCCCCGUAGGAGCAUCUUACCAUUUAUAAGAUAUUUGCUACUACACUCAACAUUAUACAAAAUGGAAAGGCAGCUGUAAUGGAAGAUAAUUUUAAAAAUAAAAAAGUCACUACCUGCUGUGCUGUAAUUGUAUAAUACCUCAAAGGGGCUCCAGAGAUAAACUGGAAGUCUUUUUUGAUAUAUCAACAAGAAGCGUAUCCCCACCAGGUGCAUUGUGGACCCUGCAAAGUGUUGCAGCCCUCUGACAAUUUAUGGUCCUUGCCAGGUGUCUCACCCUGCAAGGAAGCCGCCUGGAUGGAGAGACGCCUUACACACAGUGGUUGAACCAUUCACCCGUUGAAGUUCAGGAACUGUUUCUUGAGGAGAAAAACUGUUCAACUCUGAAAAGAACAUCAAACUGAAUUUGUGCCUUUAGAUUAUAAUAAGUGGACAUGAUAAUGCAGACUUGAGAUUGACUUGAUGAUUGACUAAUUGUGAGAUUUGUUUACUGUUGAUGUUUCCAUUCAAACCAGUAAAGUUUUCUGUGCUGCUGGGACAGUGUUCAAGUAAUGUGUCUAGUUAAUCCUGAUAAAAUGCUACAUAUGGCUUAUGUAUUACCACUGUAGGAACAUUACAUUCAGUAUGCUGUGAACUUUACUUACCAUAUGUCUGAAAGACUUUAAAAAGUACACAAAAGAGA